AGCAAUUGGUAAAGUCAGUCAAAAUGAACAUAAGAAGUGAUCUGAUAUUUCAUGCGACUUUUCUCACCUUCUUGUGGUUUCAGCCAGUCACAUCAUAUGCUACAUCCACAGUUCGAAAUCUCUUUUCUCUGUCUUGCCAGCUUCGCACGGAAUGGCUCUCAGCCCCAGCCGCAACCCCACCUGGAUGCUGCAAGGUUGGACGACGACGGGAGGUGUGGUCGUGUGCAUGCAUCCAAUCUUGGUCAUAAUGUGCAGGGAGGAGUCAAGAGGAGUGACCACAGGGCGUAGCGGACGCUUAAGCCGUGCUCUGUGUUUGAGCCCAGAGGUGACAUCAUGAUGCAAAUCAUCCCGCCAUCUGAAACCUGGCACAAAUAAAAGGAUACCAUCAGUUAAGAGGCUGCUGGCUGUCCAAAUCAAUGGGAGCGACGGGAUGGCGAGGACUUUGAGUAACCGCAUCGACAAGCAAAAUGCAGUUUGCUCGCGUUGAGUAGACAUCAGCGCCGGGGAAAAGGGGAGUGAGACCUAUAUUUUUCCCAGUCAUAGUUAGCUAGCUUUAGCUAGCUACAGUGGAUCCUAAAAGCCACGGCGCUGGCCAUGCCUUCGAGUGUGCGGGCCGGGAGCCUGAAGGACCCGGAGGUGGCUGAACUCUUCUGCAGAGAGGAUCCUGAGAAGCUCUUCACAGAUCUUAGGGAAAUUGGACAUGGGAGCUUUGGCGCUGUCUACUUUGCCCAUGACAUCCGCACCAAUGAGGUGGUGGCCAUCAAGAAGAUGUCCUACAGUGGCAAACAGUCCAAUGAGAAAUGGCAGGAUAUCAUCAAGGAAGUCAAAUUCCUCCAGAAAUUGCGGCAUCCCAACACAGUCGAGUACCAUGGCUGCUACCUAAGGGAGCACACAGCAUGGCUGGUGAUGGAGUACUGCUUGGGCUCUGCUUCUGACCUUUUGGAAGUUCACAAGAAGCCCCUCCAAGAGGUGGAAAUAGCUGCUAUUACCCAUGGUGCACUUCAGGGACUGGUCUAUCUUCACUCUCACAACAUGAUUCACAGGGAUGUUAAGGCAGGAAACAUCUUGCUCACGGAGCCGGGACAGGUCAAACUGGGUGACUUUGGUUCUGCAUCCAUUGUUGCACCAGCCAACUCCUUUGUCGGAACACCUUACUGGAUGGCCCCUGAGGUGAUCCUGGCCAUGGACGAGGGUCAGUACGAUGGAAAGGUGGAUGUGUGGUCACUUGGCAUUACCUGCAUAGAGCUGGCGGAAAGGAAGCCUCCUCUGUUCAACAUGAAUGCUAUGAGUGCCUUAUAUCACAUCGCCCAGAAUGAGAGCCCCGUGUUGCAGUCAAAUCACUGGUCGGAUUAUUUCCGCAAUUUUGUGGACUCAUGUUUGCAGAAGCUUGCCCAGGACAGACCUACCUCGGAUGUGCUGCUCAAGCACCAUUUCCUAUGCAGAGAGCGUCCCAUGACGGUUGUGAUGGACCUCAUUGCACGCACCAAGGACGCUGUCCGCGAGCUGGACAACCUGCAGUACCGGAAGAUGAAGAAAAUCCUCUUCCACGAGGCCCACAAUGGACCUGCGCCGGAGGGAGCUGACGAAGAAGAGGACGUGGAGCAGUACAUGCUGCGCACGGGCACGGUCAACAGCAUGGAGAGUUCCCACUCGCUGCCAUCCAUGUCCAUCAGUGCCAGCUCUCAAAGCAGCUCCGUGAACAGCCUGGCCGACGGCUCAGACGACAGUGGCGAGAUGGCCAUGAUGCAGGAGGGCGAGCACACAGUCACGUCUAACAGCUCCGUCCUACACAAACCGCUGAGCCACGACAACAUCUAUGAUGACCCCUACCAGCCAGAGGUUGACUCCCAACGAGAUGCCUCCUCUGCUGGUGGAGGAGGUGGCGGCGGCGGUGGAGGAGGAGGUGGGAGGCGUCGUCGAGGCCGAGACCAUUUUGCCACCAUCAGGACGGCAUCGCUCGUCACUCGUCAGAUCCAGGAACACGAGCAGGGGUCGGCCCUGAGGGAACAGAUGUCAGGGUACAAGCGUAUGCGCCGGCAGCACCAGAAACAGUUAAUGGGCCUUGAAAACAAGCUGAAGGCAGAAAUGGACGAGCACCAGCUGCGACUGGACAAGGAGCUGGAGAACCAGAGGAACAGCUUCUCCAUGGAAGGAGAAAAGUUAUCUAAGAAGCACUCUGCUAUUAUGGACAAGGAGACAAAAGCGGUUCUGACUGAGGAGAAGAAGUUCCAGCAGCACAUACUCGGCCAGCAGAAGAAGGAGUUGACAAGUCUGCUUGAGUCGCAGAAACGACAGUACCGGCAACGCAAAGAGCAGCUUAAAGAGGAGCUGAACGAGAACCAGUCUACCCCCAAGCGGGAGAAGCAGGAGUGGCUGGUGCACCAGAAGGAGUGUCUCCAGCAGCUCCAGGCCGAGGAAGAGUCUGGUCUCCUGAGGAGGCAGAGGCAGUAUUAUGAACUCCAGUGUCGCCAGUACAAAAGGAAGAUGCUGCUGGCACGCCACAACCUCGAGCAAGAUCUGCUGAGAGAGGAGCUGAACAAGAAGCAGACCCUGAAAGACCUCGAGUGUGCCAUGCUGCUGCGCCACCACGAAUCCACCCAGGAGCUGGAGUUCCGCCAGCUGGGUCUGGUGCAGCGGACCCGCGCCGAUCUGAUCCGCACGCAGCACCAAACCGAGCUCACCAACCAGAUGGAGUACAACAAGCGACGUGAGCAGGAACUCCGCCAGAAGCACGCCAUGGAGGUCCGCCAGCAGCCCAAGAGCCUCAAAGUGAGUGAAGGCGGCACUGCCCAGAACCAGGGCUUCCCCGAGGAGGGCGAGGCGACAGAGGGGCAGAAUGGGGGCCGUGAUGCCGGGCAGGAGCCGCUAUACGGCUCAAUUGAGGAAUUAGAAAAGAUAGAUGAGACCAAAAAGAUGGAGCUCGAUGAAGGAGCUGAAUUUAGAGAUGAGGAAGAAGACGAGGGCGUUGAACAUGUUAUCGACUUGUCAAGUGGAAUCAGAAGAGAUUCAGAUGACAAGGAGGGGUGGGAAAUGAGGGAGGUGGAAGGGGUCCGGUGGGAAUAUGAGGCAGAUGAAGGUCAGACUGCACACUUAAUUGACGAGGAAGAGGAGGGAAGAGGUGUGGCCGAUGGAUGCCCUUCCGAGCUCAUCUCUGCGCUGUCCCUGGAAAAAAGAGGCGAGCAGGAGCUGGACGAGUUGUCCGAGUUUUACUUCCCUGAAGCACUAGAGGAGCUGGAGCCUGUUCCUCCUGGCGCUCCUCCUCCACCUUCCCCCCCUCAGUCAUCUCUCCCAUCAUUUUUCUCCCACGCUGUCUGCCUCUUCCUGUCUCUCUCGGCCGCCGCCCAGCCCUCUAACCUGACGCUGCUGCUCCUCUGCGUCUUCCUCCUCUCCCUGCGGCGCUCGCCGCCGCUGCCCUCGCUUUCUUCCCUCCUGCUGUCGGCUGAGCUCGCCCUCCUGGCACACUUCUUCUCCUACCUCCUUCUCCGCUCUUGCUGCUCGCUGUCAUUCUCCGCCUACCUGUCGCUCAGCCUGUGGGCCAGUGGGUUCUUUAGUCUGGGGCUGUCCUUCAGCCUGGGCAUAUACUACAUCCCCAUGAUUUUAGUCUCUGCCUCCUUCCUCAGCUCCCCCUCCCUUUUCCUGUCGCUCUACUUGCUGGUGGUGCUGGUUGUCCGGCCGGCCCGCGACUUCCUUCAGCACGCACCCCGCAAAGUCAAUCGACUGUGUAUGCGCGUGCUUUUCCGCCUCCCCCGGCCGCUUUUUGCCAUGUGUCAGUCGCUCCUCGGCGGCGUGGCCGAGCGUAGCCUCUAUGAGAUGUUCCCGAAAGCGGGACGUAACUGGGGAGGCCGGCAGUCCAAAAUCCCUGUCCCUCUGAAGAGUCUCCCUUUGAAGGAUCAGGCUCGUGUCAGAAGUCCCUCCCCGCUGGCGCAGGGAAUCUUGUGGGUGAAGCGUUUCAGCCGACGCCCCCUGGGGGUGCUCGCUGACUUUGCUAACUCACUAGUGCUAAAGCUAGCUCGGCAGCUGGUUAAGAAACUGCCAACUGGCAUUCGCCUUUGGUUGAGACGCGUGGGCCUGCUAAAGAAGGAGAGGCCCAGCAGGCUGCCUCGACUGCUCCCUCGUGAUGUAAGGGAGAGGAGGAUGAAGGAGAGAGUUAGGCGGGAGAGGGAGAGGAGGCGCAGGGAGGAGCGGGAGAGGAUGCUGCGCGAUGAGGCCAGGUGGGAAUGCGGCUUGAGGCGAACCUCCUCUGGAAGGUUCGUCAGGGGUAAGGUUCGCCCGUGGAGAUAAGCGUGUUCGCACUCGCCCUCCAUUUUCAACCAGCCCACACACAGAGGUCCCACACGGUUACUGUACCAAAACCAGUGAAGUUUUAACAUUUAAUUAUUGUGCUUUUUGUAAAAGUUCUUUUUUUUCUUAAUGUGUAAGACAAUUUCAAACGGUUAUGUGUUUAUUACCUACAGUAUGUCUAUGGGGGGGACCACUCCGUGGAACAAAUAUCACAGUGUUAACUUUAAAGCUGUGGAGAACCAAUUCGUCGUCAUGUCACGCCGCCCUAAACACUAUAGCUUAAACCGUACCACAUGUGCAAUAAACAACUCUCUAGUUGCUAGCGCGCAACAUACAGUACAGUACAUGUCCACACAAACAUCACAUAUUACAAUAGAUGCGUCCAGUUUCACCGUUUAUUGCAGUAUAUGCAAUAAUAUUGUUAGGAUUUACCAUGUAAACAUGUUAUAUGAAGCCGUUGAGUGCCUUUGAAGAAAUAUUUGCACAAAUGCCUUUUUAAUAGUUAUGUGUGUGUGCGUGCGUGUGUGUGUGAAGCCAUAUAGACAAUCUUUUCCACAGAUUAUAUCCAAAAACUGAUAAAACUACUGAAUGUGAAAGUUGUGAUAUAUGAAGACUUUAAUAGUGAAUUUAAAUGUAAUUUCUGCAUUUUCACUUAAAAAAAAAAAUCCCUUUCGUCAGACCAAAAUACAGAGUAAUAAUGUGUUUUUGAAGUAGUUAAUUUAAUGUUUAUUGAACAAAAUGCACAUAAGUGAUGCCAUCAGAUGCAUGCGAAAGAGCAAAACUCCCCUCAGGAGAAAACACUUAAAGGUUUACUUUUUGGGUCAACCUGCAAACAAGCUUUAAAUGAGACAUUUCACAUCCUAUUUUAUUUGACUGUGACUUUUUUUUUUUUUUGCCAUUGUGUUGUGCAUUGUGUUUGACUAUCAGUUGUUCCCUGUUUACACAUUUAUACUGUGUUGGUGUUGUCACCUAUUAAACCUAAUUUAAGCAGUGUUUAAAGUACUGCUUUGUUUGGCCACCUUUCUUCACAUUUGGCAAGUAUUUAAAAAAAUUGUCGUUUGUCCUACUUCAAAAACAAAAAAAAAUGCACCAAAAUAAAUUAAAUUGUGUUGAAAUCAUUGUCUUGUUUUUAUGAUUUGCCUUUUCAUUGUCUGUGUGUUUUUUUUAAUACCCCUUCAUUUUGUUCCCUGCCUUUUUCUUCCAUUGUCAUCACUCCUGUGUCAUCACAUGUUCGAUCCCAUGCCAUGGAGGUCCGAGACACUGCAGGCGAUUUGAUUCAUGAGCAUCUUCCCUGAAAUUCAAGAAGGUCUUGAUCAUUAAAAUCACCUUCUUUGGGGGAAAAAUAACAGUGUCUCUGCCCUCCAUGGCACUUGUUCAGUUAAAUAAAUAUUACUUGAAAAAUGUAUUUUAAAGUUAUUUUUUUUGUUAGCAUGUAGUCAUAUUUGCAAGCGAGCUGUCAAAAAUAAUGCAACCCAAAAAUAGUUCCUCUUAGCGUUCAAUAUGCAUUUCCAUGGUUAUUAUUAACAAUGAAAUCAUAUUUUUUUAAAUAAGAAAAAUACUUGUUGAUUUAAUUGUAGUCUUUAUUUUGUUAGUAUUUUUAUUUUUCAUAUUUGAUGUAUUAAAUGUAACAAUAAUGAUAAAGUAGGCUGCU